AUGUCUCCUACUUAUCAAGGUGCACCAAAGCUAGAGCCCUCACCCCAACUCCCGCCACCGUCACAAAAAAAGUCAAUGAACUUCGUAUUGCUGCGCGGCGAGGAGUUCCACCAGAUGAAGAAACUAACCGCAACAGAAGCCAAAAGUCCUGCGGAGUAUACCUUGCAUAUCAUAUUCACGCAAUUUGUACGCCAUGCAGAGAGAAAACUCAAUCUUUGCCUCGAGGGCCCUUUACUGAACGAGCCGCCCAUCAUCGAGUUGCUUGCGGAAGGUGUGGAUCUUCAGUUCGACGAAAUAAUCUUUUCUUUGGGCUACAUCGCAAAGAAAAAACCAAAGCAGGUUAUUGAUAGCGUGAUGUUCUGGCGUAAAUCCAAGAGUGAGGUUGCACUGUUGGCCAGCACUGAGUUGGAGAAGGUUCUAAUCCAGAACCGCUCAAGUUCGGUAGCCAAAACACCGCAAACUAACACUGGUGACCUCGGAGCUACCGUAAGAUUGCAACUGUCACCCAAAGAUUUACCUGUUCGUGGCAAAAGGAGUAUCAGUCUUAUGAGAUCAAAGAGUAUUUCCAAAUUGGCUCAUCGGAGAAACGUGUCAACUUCGAACAUAAGCUCAACUGACCCGGAAAACAUUUCCACUAAAAUAACAGAAGAAUUCUCACAAAACAAAUUGAACGGUGCUGAUCCUUAUGAUAAGAAUUACGACGAUAAGAUUUCACACGCGCGCAGCACUGCCAUCCAAGCAGAGAAGAAGUCAUUGGCCUCCAUCUAUAUCUUGUGCCGCGUUUUGAUUGAAGUUGUGAAACAAACUUCUGGAGAUGCUUUGGGUACAGAGUUCGGAGGCAAGCUCGAGGAGAUAGUUUACUAUCAGCUCAAGACUACUGAUCCAGUCGCAACUAGUGAAUCCUUCGUGCGGCUGGCAAACUGGAACCUCUUUUCUGAACUUUUGGGCCACAUGUCCGAAAAGCGCUUCUUAAGUGUGAGUGAUCGCUUUAUAGCUGAUCUUGAGAGAGUGCCCGUUAAUAUUGCUCACGAAGAUGAACCCAAACUUCACCUCCUUAUUCAUGGAAUGCGAUAUUUGCGUCUUACAAAUUACCCUCUUGAGAAGUUCGAAGAAGGUGCUGAGUUUCUUCAAUCAUUAACCAAGUUUUUCUGCAAAUCCCAAAAUCCGACAAUUGUCUUUGCGUAUGCGGAAGUUUUGAGCAGCUUAAUUAUACCUUUAGCAUCUGAGCUUACCGCGGAGGCAAAUCAUCCAUUGUGGGUCGAAUCAAUUAACAAAAUGUACAAGAAGGCUCAAAAGCUUUGUUCCGUUUCUUCUACUGCAGCAGGAGCCACAAUGAAGUCUACUAAUAACACUGUUAAAGGAUCAACAUUUAAUGAUGGUGAUUCUGCAUUGAUUUUGAUGACUUCAGCUCUUUCUGUGAGCUCCCAGGAUCUCUUCAGUAGCAGUUGGUUUGAUUUAAUUGAGGCUAAUGUGUACAGGCUCAAACCUAAAGUGGGAACUUCAAUGAAAACCAGAUUUAUCAUCUGCAUUGCCAGGUUGUUAUGGGUUUACAUCAAUCGUGUACCCGAUACACUCAACAACACUGUCAAGAAAUUGGAUAGAUUGUUUGACUUGUUAUUUUUCGGCCUGAAUGUGACGGGGAAGAAGCAGCAGUGGAUUACUCAUGACCUAGAGCUCAUUAAUGCUAUUACAGAAGUCAUUCGAAUUGUUGCAUUUCUGCACCUUAACUACGUUUUGGACAAUGUAAUCUUGAAGUUGCUCAGGUCUAGUUUCAAUGGUGUUAAUUUGGAGGGUGCUUCUCCCGAAAAAUUAGUGAUCGUUAUAAAAUCAUACACAUUGUGUUUGAAAGACUUCAAGUCAGGAGAAAAGCCCAAAUUUCCAAGUGACGAGGUGUUAAAUGAUCAGUUGAACGAGGUAGUUGCAUUGUCAUCCAAUAAACCUCUCAAGACAUUGUUUGAGGCAACAUACACAAAAUCAUUUCAAAAGUGGAGCAAUACGAUGUUUGAGCAGAAGACUAUAAAAAACCACGCCGCGUAUGAGGAGAUAAGUCGAUCUCUAUCUUUACUUCUCAAGCUCAUCGAUAAUCAAUAUGGCUCAGCGCAUGGAGGUAAAAGCGAAACUCCAUCUUUGGCUCUGACUGCCUCAAAGUCUUUUACGUCUUUGUCGAGUUUUCCGUUUGGGAUUGAUUUUAAUCAAGGAACGAGAAAUGUUUUUACAGAUUUAUUCGCUGUUUUGAUAGACUGUUACACUUGGACUUCCAAUCCUCUUCCCCUUGACAAAGGAGGAAGCGCCUCGCUGGGAAUUUCUAUCCAGACUUUUGUCGAAACCCUUGUCAGAAACGCAACGAAUGAAAUGCCUUUUGUCGCAUCAUCCGCCAUAAUGUCUCUCGCGAAAUUAGCCUCACGGAAAUCUGCCGGCAACAUUCUUACUGUGUAUGCUCGUAUUGCGUUUAGAAUGACAGAGAAGCCAGGGCUUACCUAUGAUCCAGAUUACUUCAAUUCACCAAAGUUCAUCAAACUUCUCAGGAUUUAUGUCGAGUUACUUAAAUGUUGGCUAAGACAGGUGUCUGGUACCAAAGAUAUAUCUGAGGGUUUUGAUCAAAAAUCAGAAGAGCUUGACGCCAAUGGUGCUCUUGAUGAUUUAUAUCAAGUAAACCAUAAAGCUCCUGACUUGACCACAAUUGAACAUUCAACAACCAAGUUAAAGCCUUAUGAAGAGCUUGAAUGGAAGAACAUAAUCACAGUGAUUGAAGAAGUAGAAGGAAAUGGGCUUUUCUUUCUUUGCUCAGAUGACAGCACUAAAAGACUGUUGGCAAUUUCUGUCUUAAAGCUCGUCGAGCAAUUUGAUCAAUCGAUAUACAACAGCACCGAUAAUAAGGAAGUAUCGCCAAUUGCUUCAGGGGAAAGUUCACAAAUGGGACACUCCAGAAAAUCAUCUAAAUAUGUUGCUGAUGAGGGCUCUCGUUUAAUUUAUCACAUUGAAAACGCGGACAUGCUCGAUUUGAUCAAACCGAUCAAGAAAGAGCUCAGCUUACCAGAAAGAACCCGUUUGAGCAAAGUGAAAAAUAAGAGGGGUAUACUCCUUAAGUUUGCAUCUUCUGACCAUGGAAUAGAUUCAACAAUUUGGUUUAGAGUCUAUCCUCGUUUACUUGAUAUUUUGUUUGAGAAAUGCCCAAUGCCUGUCGCUUUAUGUCGCUCUAUUGUUUGUGUCCGGUUAGUACAGAUGUACGAGCAUGUCGUGGCUUUUUCUGAGUCUGUUAAAAACUAUACAUCCUCGCUUUUCAACAGGUCAUCCACUUCAAGUCCCCCCGAGGUAUUAGUGAACCAAUGGAAACUUUACUUGAUAUUUGCAUGCGCAUCGUUGACCAGCACGAACGAGCAGAAAAUGUCUAUACCCAGACAGCCCAGUCAUGGCCGGAAAAAAUCUUUGCCCAUGUACAUUCAACACCAGAAAAUAACUAGUGCAAAGUCCGUGUUUCGAAUGGUAUUACCUUUAUUGAAUUCACCCCAAACGAUGAUAACAGAGGCAGUUGUUUUAGGUUUGAGUUGUAUUAACAUAAAUACCUUCAAGACCUUUACGGAGAACCUCCCUGCUUCAAUCAAUGACUGGAAAACAAACGCCAAGUUCCGUGAUCAAGAGGAUAAAGUAAGAAUUGAAGUCAUUCACAUCUUGAGCUUGUUAACCAAUAGGUUCAAGGCAAGCUCGGGUUUGUUCUCUGAUGACUCUACAAUUGCGAACUUAGUCUCAAUUAUAAAAAAUGUGAAAAGUUUCCUUUCCGUCCCAUCUAUUCAAAUACUGCCAGAAUUUCAAAAAUUGAGAUUUCAUUUCAGUAUUUUCCUCGAGAACUUUCUCAUCGGAUUACAGAGCAAAUCAGAUCUGAGCCGCUGGUUUCCGUUUGAAGCCCGCAUAGGCUGCUUCAACUUUUUGCAUGAAUGGUGUGGGUUUGGCGAUUCUCGAUUAGUCUUGGAUGAGCGGUACCAGAUAAUGUUUGCGAGAGCGAGUGAACUGAAAGAUUCCGCAACAACAGUCGCUAUCUUGGAGCUCGAAAAGAAGACAUUUCAGAUCGCAUCAUUAAGUUGCAUGGCGACCAUUUGUUCGGGUGCGCUCAAACAAUCUUUUGCAGUUCCUGGAAAAACAGCUGUGAUAUCUUUCGACAUAAAGGGCAUCAUGACGUGGAUUCAUGAAAUUAUCGGCUCAGGUAUUGCAAAGGUUCAAGAAAUUGGGAAGACUGCUUUGAAAAAUAUUCUUUCGUCCAAUAUUAACACCGACGAAAUUUACUGCGAGGCACUUAUACAAUGUUACAGCUCGGAAAAUUCUUUGUCAGUGAAGGAAGUGUAUUUCACUCUUGUUGUUGAGGCAUUCAUAAAACACAGGAAGGUAGAUUCCAUGCCCUAUGAGAUUUUCAUCAUUUCGACCUUUUUGGUUGGAACAGACAAUCACGAAAUUCGGUAUGCUGCAAUCAAAUGUAUUAAGUUCGUUGAAGAAAAAUUUUUGGAGUCCACAGAAAUUGAUCGUUUCACUGAGAGUGUCUGUUGCUCAACUAUGGUUGUGUACAAAAAGGUCUUGUUUGAAAUUUCCAUGAAACUAGCGUCUUGUCACCUUGAGGAUGCGUUUACCUACAUCAGUUACUUGACGAAAUACUUCAAUGUUGUGGAUAACUCAACUAGAAGGGAUAUACUUGCAUGUUUACUCCCUUGGGUGCAAACGGUUGAAUUGACCUAUUCAACUUCGGCAAAAACCCCUAGUUUGUCCAACUUGAGUAGAUUUGAAGAUUUGCGAUCAUCUUCAGGUGACAUUGAUGCGCCUUCAAAAAUGGUUUUGGACAACUUGUUUGAAAUCACUGUUAAGUUUAGCAAGACCAUUACGAAUGAAGUUGAAGCACUCUGGGUUGCUUUAGGGACUAAACCACAGAACUUCGACUUGAUAUUUGACUAUAUCGUGAGAAAUUGUUUGGAAAGAAGAAAUCCAAGCUUUGUGUCUCAUUCGAGACAAAUAAUCGCUUACCUUGUUUUUUCGAAGCCUGAUUCUACAUUAGUUAUUGAUAAGUUGAUAUCAAACCUUCAGCCAAAAGCAAUGGUUCCCCUGCAGGUGAAUUUCACUGGCAGGGAAGAAGAAUCAGACUUUCCCUACUCUGCUAAUUUGACCCAUACUCUCGGUUUGAAUUUCAAGGAGUCGGCUUUUUCACUUGGUCAACUAUCUAUGGUGUUUCUUGUUGACCUUUUCAGGUCCAAGAAUCACAAAAUUUUGGAUCAUUUGCCAUUGUUGUUGCAUAUUUCCUUCUCACUCAUGGAUCAUUACUUCCCCUUGGUUCAAGAGCAAGCAGUAUCUUUACUCAUGCAUACAAUGCACUCUAUUGCGCCAAACCACCCUAAAGCAAAACAAUUUUUGGAAACUUUAAGAAAAAGGGACUAUCUGACCAGCCUUUGGACCUAUGAUGACUUGAAUAAUGACAAAAAGGGGGGCAUAACUCCAAAGAAUAUGGACCUCAUGGUGAGGGUUACUUUGGAGCUUUUCACACCAACUUUACCUUCAUUGCAGAAAGACUGGAGUAGGAUUUCGUUACAAUGGGCUACUUCCUGCGCCGUGAGACAUAUUGCCUGUCGUUCAUUUCAAGUCUUCCGGUCGCUUCUAACAUUUUUGGACCAGCCAAUGCUUAAGGAUAUGUUGAACCGCCUUUCGAACACAGUAUCUGAUGAGUCACCAGACAUUCAAGGUUUUGCUAUGCAAAUUUUGAUGACUCUGAAUGCAAUCACGGCUGAACUUGAUUCAAAAGAAUUGAUUGAUUUUCCUCAGCUUUUUUGGUCAAGUGUUGCAUGUCUUAGCACUGUUCAUGAGCAUGAGUUUAUUGAGACUAUAUCAAUGAUGUCGAAGUUUGUUUCCAAAAUUGAUCUUGAUGCUCCAGAUACCAUAUCCUGCUUGAUAUCUACAUUUCCUCCGAAAUGGGAGGGAAAAUUUGAAGGCCUUCAGGAAGUUGUAUUGGUGGGUCUUCGAUCUGCUACAGCCUGGGAACCCACUAUCAAGUUUCUCGAUAAAUUGAACAAGUUGAGGGAUAGUGACAUAAUUGGUUCAGGUGACCGCAGGCUCUUCACGACUCUCAUCGUGAAUUUACCUCGCUUUUUGCAUGCAAUGGAUCAAAGCGCUCUCAGCCCUGAGGUUGAAGCAACUUGCACUUUUAUAAGCGAGAUGGCUUCAAAUGGAAACAAAUUGGGAUUGUCAAGGAUCAUGAACUCACUAGCGAGAAACAAAUUUAGGGCAAAGAAGGAAUUCCUCAUGCAGACGAUCUCUGCAGUCAGAGCAAGCUUUUUUCCCGAGUAUGAAGCACAAACUUUGAUUAUACUUUUGAGCUUUCUCUCAAACAAAACACCUUGGGUGAAAUUGGAGACACUUGCUAUAUUAAAGCUCAUCUUCCCAAUUAUUGACUUGAACAGAGAUGAAUUCGCGGGAUUGGGCGCAGAUUUGGUGGCUCCUUUACUUCGACUUCUCCUUACUGAAUACGCAGAGCCUGCUUUGGAAGUCAUGGAUGAGGUUGCCACGAUAUCUGGCUCUCAGCUUGACAAGGAUAUCUUGAGGAUGAGUAUGGGGAGUACUAGCAUGAAAAAAGAAUACGAACAAACUGUGUCUCUUUUUGGCAUUCCUAAUGAUAGUGGUUGGGCCGUACCCAUGCCAGCGAGGACAUCGGCCAGAACAAGACAUAAUGUACACGCUGUCUUUGCUACUUGCAUUGAAGCCUCUGCAAUUCCGGAUGAGAAGCAAAAAGAUUUUUUUGCGGAUGAGGAUAUUCAAUUCUUGAUGGAAGAUUACUAUGCUCCUCCAGAAGACCACAUUGACUCUGCGUCUGUAACAGGCGAGGAACCUGCUGCUUCGCUAAGCAAUAUGUGGGCUGCGCUAGACGACUUCGAUUCAUUCUUUACCAAGCCGUCCGAACAACAAGCUCACAUGCUAAACAUGGGACGCUCGAAGAACAUGCAUGGGCACACUUUCUCGUUGGAUACUAGGCAGAGUGGUUCUAGCGACAUGAUCUCCCCCAUUGACUCGGUUCCGCAAGUUUACGAUAAAAGAGCGCUAGGAAUUUUGAAAGUGAGCCUUGCGAGAACUCAAUCUAACACUUCGUUCAAAAGCAGCUUGGCUGACAAUUUCGGGUCACCUAUUGAGCCAAAUCAACCCGAGGUCGCAGCGACAAGAAAAUCUUACAUUCCUUUUAGAAACAGCCGUCUCGGAAAAACUAAGAAUGACCACUAUGCUACUCCUACUAUGAAUGGCUCGAGCGUUUUUGAGACAGGUGCUUUAUCAACUCCAUCGAGAGCCUCAUUAAGAUCCCCUCCACUGAGCAACGCACAAAUGAGGAUGCCAAGCCCGCAAGAGGUUCGCAUUUCACCAGAGCCCAGUGAGGCUGCAAUUCGUUUCGACCACAUUCUAGGCGGUGGCCGGAAGAGGAAAACCAAAUACUAA